GCAAGUACUUUGAGCAUACUUGCGAUAUGUCUACCUUCCGCAUGUUUGCUGGGCUACAAGGUAUACAGGUCAAGAAAGAGAUCGAAGGAAACACCAAGGAUUGAGUCGUUCCUACAAAAGAAUGCAGGAGUAUAUCCAAAAAGAUACACUUACGCACAAGUGAAGAAGAUGACAGGGACCUUUGCUGAAAAGCUAGGUCAAGGUGGAUUUGGUGUUGUUUACAGAGGUGGCCUCUCCAGUGGCCGUCAGAUAGCAGUCAAGAUGCUUAAGAACUCCAAGUCUGAUGUUGAGGAAUUCAUCAAUGAGGUAGCCAGCAUCAGCACAACUUCUCAUGUCAACGUUGUUACCCUCUUAGGAUUUUGCUUUGAAGGAUCCAAGAGGGCACUAAUCUAUGACUAUAUGCCUAAUGGUUCGCUUGAAAGAUAUGCUUUCAAACACAGUUCUAAGGGUGAACAUAUUCUAAGUUGGGAGAAAUUAUUUGAUAUAGCAGUUGAUAUUGCUCGUAGACUUGAAUAUCUCCACCGAGGAUGCAAUACUCGCAUAGUGCAUUUUGAUAUCAAACCCCACAACAUUCUAUUGGAUCAAGAUUUUUGUCCUAAGAUCUCUGAUUUUGGGAUGGCCAAAUUGUGCCAGAAUAAAGAAAGUGUUGUCUCCAUUGGUGGUGCAAGAGGAACAAUUGGCUAUAUUGCCCCCGAGGUCUACUCAAAGCAAUUUGGAGCAGUAAGUAGCAAGUCUGAUGUCUACAGUUAUGGAAUGAUGGUCCUUGAGAUGGUUGGGGCAAGGGAUAAGAGAAUCAAUGCAAAUAGUGAAUGUAGCAGCCAAUAUUUCCCGCAGUGGAUUUAUGAAAAUUUAGAUGAAUACUGUCUUGGUGCUUCUGAGAGUAAUGGCGAGAUCAAAGAGAUUGCAAGGAAGAUGAUAGUUGUUGGGUUGUGGUGUAUACAGCUAAGUGUUAGUAAUCGACCAACUAUGACUAGAGUCGUCGAGAUGCUAGAAGGAAGCACAGGUAGCCUGGAAUUACCACCACAAGUGCUCUUAAGUUGACAGUCAUCGGUAUGUUUCUAUGCUUUUCACUUUCCAGUAUUGCACUACUGCAAGCAGGAUGCAAAUUUCAUGACUUACAUUACAUGUCAUUGUUUGUCUGUAAGUAGUGGCAGAUCUAUGAAAUUAUUGGCCGUAUA